AUGCCUCCCAAGGCUCCCGCGUCAAGCCGUAAGAAGACCAAGCCCGAAAAACCCUCUAAACACGAGGAAAGUGAGGAAUCGAGUGAGGCUGAAACGGACAUUUCGUCUGAUUCAGACUUCGAGCCACCGUCUAAAAAACCCAAAGCAAAAGUAGAAGAUUCGGACACGGAUGAGGAAGUUGUCGAACUCGCAAACAAGAAGCCUAAAAAGCCUAAGAAGAAGAAGGCGCCGACCAAAGCGAAAGGACAGCUCAAGAUCCCAAACCCGCAAAGAUGGACGACCUGCUCGAGCUCCAGAAGACGAUCAACCAACUCUCCGGGUGCAAGGCAAACUUCUCGGACCCAUCCGAGAAGGGCCCUGGUGAUCAUUCUAUGCCAGGCUUGCGCGAUAGCGAGACCCGAGCCCGUGACCUUCGACGGAGAAACGACCGUACUCACGGUCAGGCUGUGCCCAACGUGCUCAAAAGCCAACCGAUCAGUCGGAUACACCAACUUUUCCGAGAUCCAGAUGAAAGAUCACUAUGAUAAUGGAGAAUACCUUAUAACUAAAAAGUGUUUACCACAAAAACUGGAAAAAAAUUUCUGCGAUCGAACUGGAAAAAUAAGUGCGAUGUUCCUUCGUGGAUCAUUGCAUAUACCUGACCUAAACAAUGCGGCUCUUCAAACUAAAUUAAAGAAUUACCAUCCACGGCUCUCUCUUAAUGGAAUGUUGAUUCAACGAUGUCCCGAGCAACUUGCACGUCGCCGUCGACGUCAAAACCCAAAAGACGGCGCGGAUUUACUCCACGUCAUGCAAGGAAAUAGAAUUGGCCUGACCUGGGACCAUUACUUCAUCGAAAUAUUGAGCCUGAUUCAA